UCCUGGAUUGACAUCAUGGCCCGCGCCCAAAAUUUCGAGAACGCGUCGAUUGACGAGCUCAAUGCCGCUAUCGAUGUCACGGGCACGAAGAUCCGAGACCUCCGCAACAACAAGCAGAACAUGGCGGAAAUCGCCGUGGAAGUGAAGCAGUUGGUGACAUUACGACGAUUGUUGAAGGAGAAGGUUGAAGGGGGUGGCCAACAAGCUGUCCAACCAGUGUCGACUACCCUGGUCAAGUCCGACGAAGCAGAUGACGCCAAGUCGUCGAUUGACGAGCAAACCAAGCCUGUCGAUCCUACCCCUGUCGCUACGAAGUCAACAACAACCCCCACCGUCGUUGUCCCGGAGCCUCAACCAUCCCCCAAGGUCAAAGCUCAGACAGUAGCACCUAUUGCUUCGAACGACAGCGCGAAGAAGUUUGCUGUGUUGGAAUCGGAAUUGGCGACCACUUCGGCGAAAUUGAGCUUGGAAUUAAGCCGCGCGUCGAGUCUCCAAGACGAGUUGAAUCGCCAAGUGCAGAAAUACGACAUUGAAAUGACCACGUCCGUCAACAUGCAACAACGUCUCCAAAACGACAUGAAGAAGUUGGUGCAGGACAAGCUUGAGCUGGAACGCUCCCUGAAGCAGGCCAAAGAUACCCACGCCGCUGCCCUCGCUGCCGCGACCGACGCCUUGGCUUCCACCCAGGAAAGUUUGGCCAAAGAAUCCCAAAGCUUCUUGAUCCUCAAAGCCGCCGAAGCCGAAUCGCAGCAAGAAGUGUCGUCGUUGAAGGUCCAGUUGGCCAACACUCAUGCGCAAUUGUCGACGUUGACAGCCGAGUUGGAAAGUGUCCGAAAUCACAGCCGCGAACAAGACUCAUUGCUACAGCAAGCCCAGCGGGAGUUGGAACGGGAACGCGUUCGAUUCGACAUGGAGCUGGACGCGGAGAAGAAGCUGCAGUCCCGCAUGCACAGCGACGCGCGGCGGUAUUCCCUGGAGCGCCAGUCGUCUGUGGACCAACUCAAGGCAACGGUGACCGAGUCGGAAAAACUACAGGCGACGCUAGCUGCGACGUCUGCCGCCAAAGCCGACUUGGAGGAUACCAUUGUGCGGCUGGAAGCCGAGCGGGAGACCAGCCAGGGGCUGCUGAAGACACUCGCGUCCGAUGUGCACGCGCAAAAAGGCGAUUUGGAGCGCCUAAACAAGGCACAAGCCAAGUGGGAAGCGGAGAAGCGCGAGUUGGAAGCCCAAGCUGCAUCGCACGAAGCCACCAAGGCUAAACUGACGGCAUUGGAAGCCCACAACACGGAACUCCAGUCGUCGAUUGAUGCGACUGCGGCGGAAACCAAGGCUUUGGAGGACAAAUUGGCAAACCUUCAUGCGACGCAGGAUGCGUUGGCGGCGGAAAAGGCGACGCUGCUGCGUCAUGUGACCAAGAGCCAAGCCGACUUGGAAGCGUUGGAUCGUAUUCAAACGGAAAACGAUGCGCUCCAGCGUGCUAUCAAUGACAUGAGCAAAGCAUCGGACCACACGCACGAAAAGCUGGACGAGCUCAAGCUCGCGUUGACGACAUUGGAAUCGGACAAGGCGGCGUUGCUCCACCACGCGGCCACGAACGACGCGCACGAAGCCACGAUUGCUCAAUUGACGCUGGAAAACACGCACUUGCGGUCGACUGUGACGGACAAGGUGGCGGCGGCGGAAGCGGCGGUGAAGCGUGUGGCGGUGGCGGAAGCCAAGUUGCAAGACACGCAGUACAUGAUGACGACCGAGAUGCUCGCGGUGGCGUCGUUGGAGAAACACGUGGCCAAGCUGCAGGCCGAACUGACCGCCGUGACGACCCAGCACAGUGCCGCCCUGCGCGCCAAGGAAGCCGACGCCAAGCAGGCGGUAGCGGACGCCCAAGCGGCCCAAUCGGCGCUGUUGCAACUGCAACGAACGACGGAGAAGGCGUCCAACAACGUUGCCGCCAAGGACGAAGCGCUCAAGGUCGCCAAGGCGGCGGCGACUACCCUUCGCGCCCAAGUGGCGCAGGUCAAGAACGAGCUGGCGACGGUAGAAGUCGCGUUGAAGCAAGCCGAGGCCAAGGCGGUGUCGACCAAGGGCGACAAGGACGACGUCGCUCGACUGCGCAAGGAGAACGGCAAGCUGGCCGACGUGAUUGCCCAACUCCGCAAGAGCUCCGCCGACGCACUGGACGCCCACGCGGCCGUCAAAACGCUGGAAAGUCAGCGACUUGUGCUCGUGGUGCUGGUCGUCGCAUUGCUCGCGGUGUUGGCGGCGACGCUCACCGCAUAGUACUACUACUUACAUAACGAUGGAUGAGGGCAUCCAUACUAAUUGCGUUUGUAUGGCAUA